CCCCGAACUUCUUAAGAUUGCUUAAAACAAUAUUUUAAGAUGGCGUAGCGUAUCAAUUUUCAUUCAAAACACCUGCUGUUUUCACAAUUGUCUCAUCAUCUACUAUAUAACCGUGAAUGAUUUUACGAAUCGGCAUCAAUCAGGAAAGCUGCGUCGAACAUGAAGAUUCCAGCAAUAUUCGUCACGUCUCUGCUGGUCUGGGGAUUGGCCGAGGGCCGCGUGAUUAAUCGCGAAUCCCUGAAGACGAACGUGGAGAUUCAAGGAGCAGCAGGAGAGGUCGGCGAUGGAUCUGACGCGAAUGGCUCCUCCAUAGAGAACGCACUACAAGUCGCUCGAGCGUCUGAGAACGUGGGCCUGAAUCUAGAAUUGAACGCAGGCGCACGCGCUGCCAGUGUUGCCGCUGCUGCCCAGGCCAAAAACACAGAAGCUGCGGAAGCAGGAGCAAACGCCGCUCUGGCCGCUGCUAUUGCCAAACGGGAAGAAGCGAUUAAAGCCAGCGAGAUAGCAAGUCAGUUGUUGACCAAUGCAGCAAAGGCGGCAGAGGCGACUGUAUCGGCAACGAAGAGGGCAGCACAAUUGACGGCUGCGGCGAAGGAAGCAACCAGAGCUUCUGCAGCCGCUGCUGAAGCUGCCACAGAGGCCCAGGUAAAGGCUAACGCCGAUUCGAUCGUCACGAAGAGGGCUGCGAUUGCCGAGGCGCAAGCUGCGGCGGAAGCUCAAGCUAAGGCGGCAAUUGCCAGGAAAUCAGCAGCGAACUUUUUGGCUAAGGCUCAAGUAGCGGCUGCCGCGGAAUCCGAGGCCACGAAACUCGCGGCCGAAGCAACGGUGGCGCUAACAAACGCUGAAGUCGCCGUGAACCAGGCUAGGAAUGCACAAGCAACCGCCUCGACUCAAGCUUCCUCGGCUGUCAGGGUAGAUUCUCAAGCAGCGAACGCCGAAGCAGCCGCUGUAGCAGCUGCCGAAACUCUUUUGGUUACGGCAGAAGCUGUCGCAGCUGCGGAGGCUGAGGCUGCGAACAAAGCCGCCUCCCUAGCAAAAAAAAUCGUCGACGAGAAGAAGAUACGCGUGGAAAAGUUGGAAUAAAGAGGAGACAGAGAAUGAUGGAUAAAUUAAGUUGAAGCAGAGUUGGCAGAACAAGAGGCGGAAGAUCAUUGUCAAACGCGAUUACCUUGAUAAUUUGAUUUAAACGCGAUGAUUAUUGACGGAUAUUAUAUGAAGAGAGAUAAUGAUUAACACAAUUGAGAUUCGUUCGUGUAAUAUUUUAGUGAAAAUAAAUUGUCGUAGCAACCCGAA